UUAGGAAUGAAAUUGAUGGUAAUCGAUUCAUCGUGAAAUACAGGAAGCUGGUCAGUUUAUGCGUUCGAGGAGGCUCAUCAAACUCUAAGUGAUACAGCAUUAAACUGAGGCUAGUACAAUUAUGACGGCGACCCAGCUUCCAGACCCCAACAGGGAAAAAGUCCUCCAGGACUUCAGGAAAAAGCUCCUCGAGCACAAAGAAGUCGAGGUCCGCCUCAAAGAAAUGCGAGAACAGUUAAAAGAAUUAACGAAACAAUAUGAUAAGUCUGAAAACGACCUUAAAGCUUUGCAAAGUGUUGGUCAGAUUGUAGGAGAAGUUUUGAAACAACUGACUGAAGAGAAAUUCAUCGUGAAAGCCACAAAUGGACCACGUUAUGUUGUCGGAUGCAGGAGGCAAUUAGAUAAGUCAAAAUUGAAACCAGGCACUAGAGUAGCUUUGGAUAUGACUACUUUGACUAUAAUGAGACACCUUCCAAGAGAAGUAGAUCCACUUGUGUACAACAUGUCUCAUGAAGAUCCAGGAGAAGUUACAUAUUCUGCUAUUGGUGGCUUGGCAGAACAAAUUCGUGAAUUGAGAGAAGUCAUUGAGCUUCCUUUGUUGAAUCCGGAGUUGUUUCAAAGGGUUGGUAUAACACCUCCAAAAGGUUGCCUUCUGUAUGGACCUCCUGGAACAGGUAAAACAUUACUUGCCAGAGCUGUUGCCAGCCAGUUAGAUGCCAAUUUUUUAAAGGUUGUAUCAAGUGCUAUUGUUGAUAAAUAUAUUGGUGAAAGUGCAAGGCUUAUAAGAGAAAUGUUUAAUUAUGCAAGAGAUCACCAACCCUGCAUCAUUUUCAUGGAUGAAAUUGAUGCUAUAGGUGGUAGACGGUUUUCUGAAGGUACGUCAGCUGAUAGAGAAAUUCAGAGAACGUUAAUGGAGCUUUUAAACCAAAUGGAUGGGUUUGAUUCAUUGGGACAGGUCAAAAUGAUAAUGGCCACAAAUCGUCCUGAUACUUUAGACCCUGCACUUUUACGUCCUGGAAGGCUUGACAGAAAAAUUGAAAUACCACUUCCCAAUGAACAGGCCAGGCUUGAAAUAUUGAAAAUUCAUGCUGCAUCAAUAGCAAAACAUGGCGAAAUAGAUUAUGAGGCUGUUGUAAAACUCUCAGACAGUUUCAAUGGCGCUGAUCUCAGAAAUGUUUGUACAGAAGCUGGCCUUUUUGCAAUUAGGUCCGAAAGGGAGUACGUAAUGCAAGAAGAUUUUAUGAAAGCGGUCAGAAAGGUUGCAGACAACAAGAAACUCGAAUCCAAGCUUGAUUAUAAACCCGUUUAAAUUUAUUAUUAUAUAUUUUUAUUUACAAGUUGUGUGAAUUUAAUUGUUCGCUUAUUUGCAAUAAAAUUUGUAUCAUUA